AUGUACUUUGAGAUAACUCGUGGGAGCAGCCAUUGGAGUUUUUUCUCAGUCAGCGUCAUUGUUGUCUCUAGGUGCGUCUCUCUCUCUCUCUCUCUCUCUCUCGCCAUGGCUGUUGCCCUCCAGUUCUGCCGAUUAUGCAUUCGGCCAGAUACUUUCGUGCUUGAGAAUCAUAUCUCUGGAUCUGGAUCAUCUCUCCGGCGCCGGAAAGCUUUCUCAGUCCGGUGCUCGUCUGAUGAUGUGAACGUUCCUUCGCCAUCGGUGGUGAUGGACUCCGAUUUCGACGCCAAGUCGUUCCGUAAGAACUUGACCAGAAGCGAUAAUUACAAUCGUAAAGGUUUUGGCCACAAGGAGGAGACUCUCAAGCUCAUGAACCGAGAGUACACCAGUGAUAUAUUGGAGACCCUGAAGACAAAUGGGUAUACUUAUUCUUGGGGAGAUGUUACUGUGAAACUCGCUAAAGCUUAUGGUUUUUGCUGGGGGGUUGAGCGUGCUGUUCAGAUUGCAUAUGAAGCAAGAAAGCAGUUUCCUGAGGAGAGGCUUUGGAUUACUAACGAAAUUAUUCAUAACCCCACCGUCAAUAAGAGGUUGGAAGAUAUGAAUGUUCAAAUUAUUCCGGUUGAAGAUUCAAAGAAGCAGUUUGAUGUAGUAGAGAAAGAUGAUGUGGUUAUCCUUCCUGCAUUUGGAGCUGGGGUUGAUGAAAUGUAUGUUCUGAAUGACAAAAAGGUUCAAAUUGUCGACACGACUUGUCCUUGGGUGACAAAGGUCUGGAACAUGGUUGAGAAGCACAAGAAGGGAGAAUACACGUCAAUCAUUCACGGUAAAUAUAACCAUGAAGAGACGAUUGCAACUGCGUCUUUUGCAGGGAAGUACAUCAUUGUAAAGAACAUGAAAGAGGCGAAUUACGUUUGUGAUUACAUUCUCGGUGGCCAAUUCGAUGGAUCUAGCUCCACAAAAGAGGAAUUCAUGGAGAAAUUCAAAUACGCUGUUUCGAGGGGUUUUGACCCUGACAAUGACCUUAUCAAAGUCGGUAUUGCAAACCAAACAACAAUGCUCAAGGGAGAAACAGAGGAAAUAGGAAAAUUAAUCGAGAGAACAAUGAUGCGCAAGUAUGGAGUGGAAAAUGUGAGCGGACAUUUCAUCAGCUUCAACACAAUAUGCGACGCUACUCAAGAGCGACAAGAUGCAAUCUAUGAGUUAGUGGAAGAGAAGAUGGACCUCAUGCUAGUGGUUGGUGGGUGGAAUUCAAGUAACACCUCACACCUUCAGGAAAUCGCAGAGGCACGGGGAAUCCCAUCUUACUGGAUCGACAGUGAGAAACGGAUAGGACCUGGGAACAAAAUCGCCUCUAAGCUCCACUACGGAGAGCUGGUCGAGAAGGAGAAUUUUCUUCCAAAGGGACCAAUAACCAUCGGAGUGACAUCAGGUGCAUCGACCCCAGAUAAGGUGGUGGAAGAUGCACUGGUGAAGGUGUUCGAUAUAAAACGUGAAGAGUUGUUGCAGCUGGCUUGAUUCAGUCAAUCUUGUGAAUUGUAUUCAAAUAGUAACAUUAUGUCGAGAGUGUGUACUGUAUCAUAAAUGACAAUGUUAGUUAUAAUAUCUGUAUUGUAACCCUCUUCA